AUGUCAUCAAAAAAGAAAGUGUUAAUGGUAUGUUUAGGAAAUAGUUGUCGUUCUCCAAUAGCAGAAGCAGUAUUUUAUGAUCAAAUAAAAAAAUUACAUCUAUGUGAUUUUUGGGAAGUAGAUAGUGCUGCACUUUUACAGUAUCAUGUAGGUAAUGCUCCAGAACCUAGGGCUAUAGCUACACUCCAAAGAAGAGGCAUCACACACUAUAAACAUAUAGCAAGACAGAUUACAAAAGAAGACUUCUACAAAUUUAAUUGGAUACUUGGAAUGGAUAGUGGAAUAGUUUAUGAUCUGUACCAGAUGCAACCAGAAGAUAGUCAAGCAAACAUUGAACUACUUGGAAAAUAUGAUCCAAAUGCAGAACUAAAUAUACGGGACCCAUUAUUUGAUGAUAAUAGUGCUGGAUUUGAAAAAGCAUUUGAACAAGCUACAAGAAGCAUAGAAGCAUUUCUGAAACAACAUAAAGGUACUUCUAUAUAUCAAUCUUCAAGUUCUUAA